GAGAGCAACGCCCACAAAAUGGCUGCCGGGAGCUGGCGGAGUGUCACGGUUUGCACUUCGCCGGCGGCGCAGACUGGUCGCGCCUGAUCGCCAGGUUCUAGUUCUCAGAGCUCGGGAUGGAGCUGGGGAGGUUGGAGUAUCUGCAGGCCCUUGUCACUGAGUUCCAGGUGACAGACAGCCUAGAGGCCAAGCAGCAGGUGCUGGCCAACCUGGCCAACUUCGCCUAUGACCCCAAGAACUACGAGUAUCUGCGGCAGCUCCAGGUGCCAGACCUGUUCCUCGACAUGCUGACAGAGGACAACGAGACCCUCGUGGAAUUUGCUAUGGCUGCUGGCGCUGUGAGGCGGGAGCUGCGUUCUGUGGCACAUGUGGAGUGCAGCUGCGUGGUGCCCUCUGAGGACGUGCAGGAGUGCCCUGUUGGCACAUCUCAGGGAAGAAUCAAGACAACACUUACUGAAGAGCAUUUGAAGGUUUCCAAUUCUCACAAAACCAGGAAGCGUUUGUCUGUGCUAGAAAGCAGGGACUGCCAAAUAUCAACCGGUACUCUAGAAAAGGGGCCUAUCUGUGCAGUUGCAUUUAAGGAAAUAAUUGCCAUUACUGCACUGAGUUGGGAAAAAAAGGUUAGUAGGACGAUUAAAAAUCCAUGGUAUGAUUCUUAGCAUCUCGAAGGCUGGUUUUCCUGUUACCACUUGGGAAAAGUAUUUGCGUGUUGUCUUACAAAAAGGAAAGAUCAAGCGGCCACCUGAGGACAACGCAGUGCAAGCAUCUCACGGGUUAGGACCAAGCUGUGUUGGUAUCAGUAAAUACAAAGAUAUGGAAUGCACUCAGGCUGCUGCCCUUAAGAGUGUGGAGUGUGUCUGGAUAAGGGUGCAGAAAGAAUUUGUCUUGCAUGUAUCAGGUGCCUUUUUUGCCAUUUCAGGUGGUCUUUGCAACCUGUGCCUGGAUAAAACUAAUAAGGACUAUAUCCUGGAGGCCAGUGGAGUAGAGCCCAUAAUAAAUUGCCUCUCCAGCUCCAACGAAGAGACAGUCAUGUCAGCAGUCACAACUCUCAUGUAUUUGACAACACCACAGUCGUGCCAGCAGACCACACCUCUCCCAGUGGUGGAAUGCAUGCUUCGCUUCUCUCUCUCAGCCAGCAGAAGGCUAAGCAACCUGGCAACGGUGUUCCUGGAGGAUUACUGCACGCCUCUGCAGGUGGAAGAGGCCAAGAACCUAAGCAAACACACAGCAGUAGGGAUUCCUCUCCCUAAGGACUGAAGCUGUCAGAGCAGCUUGGAGCUGUUAGAGGGACGCCUCCCUGUUUUCUCAGGUCUCCACCUAAUGCUCAGUAGGUCAAGAGCAUGAUGAGAACAGUAAAGAAGGAAAUUGGUUAGACUAGCAUUGGAUUUUAGUUACUAUUGAAGAGGACAGUACAGCACCGUAACAGGCCAAGAAUGCAGCUGAAACUGGAAGCAAAUAUUUUAAAUAAAAAAGGUCAUGGCUGUUGGACAGCAGGUUGCUGUGUGCAGCUCAGCACCAGCUUGCAAGUAUAACCCUUUCUAGCAGUUACUUUUUCUGCUUAGGUUAUUGUUCAGCUUGUAUCACUUCCAGUUCCUGGCUGAUUUUGCCACAGCUUUCCACUGUCAACUCAAAUGACUUUGAAAUGACCCAAACUUCAUCCUUCCUGCAGAAGGGCGUUUCCCUGCCCUGGUAAUUUGCAAUCCUACUGCAUACCUUUGGUACUAAAUAUAUAGUCUUAUCAUCAUGCCAUAGAACAGGUGAUAGCUAUCCUGUAAGUCUGGAAGUAGAAAGCUGUAUUUCUCUCACUACCACUGGUGAGAAAGGUGCAGGUAGAAAAAGGGUUUAUGGCACUCAGGUUCACAAGUAAAGCUUUCUCUUAAUAAAACAUUAACUUAA